GUGGAGAACAUCGUGCGUCCUCUGGUCCUCUCCGCGCACACCAUCUGCAAAAUCCGGGAUGUGUUCCUGUCAGAAAUCCAGCUGGGCCUCGAGAAGAAUCCCAAGCGGCAGUCGUCGCUGCAGAUGGAAAACACCUACCUGCCGGAGCUGCCGGACGGAACAGAGAAAGGCGAGUUCCUGGCCCUGGACCUCGGGGGCACCAACUUCCGGGUGCUGCACCUGCAGCUGGACCCGGACGGCGAGCAGCGCUUCCACGUCAAGUACUACUCGGUGCCCGAACCCGUGCGCCUCGGGCCCGGAGAGAAGCUGUUCGAUUUCCUGGCAGACUGCAUCCACGAUUUUAUGGUGACCAAUGACCUCCUGGGGAAGACGUUGCCUCUAGGUUUCUGCUUCUCGUUCCCGAUGAUCCAGAAGGCGCUCAACGUCGGAAUCCUGGUCACGUGGACCAAGAGCUUCAACUGCAGCGGGGUUGUGGGUCAAGACGCCGUCCAGAUGCUCAAAGACGCCAUCGACAGGCGAGGGGAGAUGGACAUCGACAUCGUCGCCGUUGUCAACGACACCACGGGUACCCUGGUCAAGGGAGCUUUCCUGGACCACAACUGCGCCAUCGGACUCAUCCUGGGAACCGGCAGCAACGCGUGCUACCUUGAGAAGAUCGAGAAGAUCGAGAAAUGGGAAGGCGACAAGACGGGAAUUCACGAGGUGGUCAUCGACGUCGAGUGGGGCGCCUUCGGGGACAACGGCGUGCUCAACUUCAUCAAGACCGAGUUCGAUAGAGCCGUGGACGACAACUCGCUGCUCGUCAACUCCUUCACGUUCGAGAAGCUCUUCUCGGGCAAGUUCAUGGGCGAGCUGGUGAGGAAUGUCCUGGUGAAGCUGAUCCGCGAGAAAGUGCUUUUCGACGGAAGGGCGUCCGAGACCAUCCUCACUCAGAGAAGCUUCACCACGGCCGACGUGUCUCAACUCGAAGGCGACGACGGAGAAGGACGUGCCCGGGAGGUCUUGGCCCGCAUGGGCUACAUCCGAGUCACGGAGGAAGACAUCGCCAUCGUCAGACACGUCUGCGGCGUGGUAUCUGCCAGGGCAGCGCUGCUCGUCUCCAUCUGCCUCGCUGAAUUGCUGAACCGCAUGGACAAGCCGAACGUGACUGUCGCCAUCGACGGCUCGCUGUACAAGCACCAUCCCAAGUUCCAUCGCCUCAUGACUGACUACACGACCGUCCUCGCCCCUAAGAAACCGUUCAAACUGAUGCUGGCCGAAGACGGAAGCGGCAAGGGUGCUGGCCUGGUGGCCGCUGUCGCCGACAGACUCCGGAAGGUGCGCAGAGGCAGCGCGCAGAACGGACUUUAGGCGCGGAUCCCAUCGAUGGCCUUCCGGGAUUCUGCGGUCUACGCUUCCAAGAACAUAACGUGUACAAAGCAUACAAAACAAGUUGAAACGAUACACGCACUUGUCAACGAAAGAUACUCGCUCAAACCGAUGACCAUUCAAGUCCUGCAUAUUAUUAUUAUUAUUAUUUUAAGGAAGCUAUAUACAUUGUCGGCUGCUACCCUGAAGACCGGUUCUGACAUUUAUGUUUUGAGUACGACCGACGACACUACGACCGCUUACGAACGCUCAUGACGUGGUGUUAUUACGUGUGGCUGUGGGAAUUAAAGUCCGCACCGUACGUCGUAAACCUGCAACCAUACGUUUCACAUAUCAUAGAAGGGACAAGGUGUUUGUUGCAAAGGUGAUGAAAGAUUUAUUUGUGGACAUGUCUCGGACAUCUUGCAAGCAUGUCUGCUCUAAACAUACAGAUUGAGUCAAAGGAAUCGAUGGCUGUUUGAACGGACGGUAUAAAUUGGUUUAUAAACGUAUCAAGCUAAAGUUUUGCACAGAGCUACCUACGGAGGCCCUUUGCCUACGGAGGCCUCCCCCCCCCCCCCCCCCCCCCCCCACACACACACACACACACAAAUUCUUUUACCGUACACCAUUUUUUUCUUCUAAUGGAAACGGGUUUGUGUGCGAUAAAGCCAGAUCCCAUUAUAUUCGAGACAAAAUAAAAAGAAAUAAAGAGGAAAACUUCGCUGUGGUGAUUCAGCGGUGUUGCUUUUUGGGAAAAUAGAACUAGUAUUCGAUAGCUGAUGACCCUGACGCGCUAGAAAGAUUAAAAACAAGGAGUUAUGUAUUUUGCUGAUAAAGUUAGGAGGUGCAUUGCAUCGACGAAGAUGUGUCAGACGUGAUAAAUUGACACUUGUUUGCAUAGAAAGGAAACAGCGACAAAUGUCACCAAUUGUCCGGUAAUUUUUUUAAAACUUUUUUAUAAAAUAUUUUUUUGUUGCAAUUAAAACAAAAUUCAAGUACAUCG